UCUUAGGCAGCGGGAGCGAGUGGAGGAUCCUGGGAAGGAGGUAAAAUGGCCACCGGCGGCGGCGCGGAGGAGGAGAAGAAGCGGGGGCGAUCGCAGCUCCUGCCCGCGGCGCGUCCAGCAGCUCGAGGCGAGGAGCCCGAGGGCGGCCGCGAGAAGAUGGGCUGGGCCCAAGUGGUGAAGAACCUGGCCGAGAAGAAGGGCGAGUUCCGCGAGCAGCGGCCUCCGCGGCGGGAGGAGGAAAGCAGCGGUAGCGCGAGCGGCGGGCUUGGCGCCUCAGCAGGCCUGCCGGCGCCGGGCCUCGGCGACUUCCCCCCGGCCGGUCGCGGGGACCCGAAGGGCCGCCGGAGAGAUCCGGCCAGCGAGGCGGCGGACCCCCGCAAGAAGAAGGGUGCAGCCGAGGCGGGCAGGAGGAAGAAAGCCGAGACGGCGGCCAUGGCGGCCCCUACCAGGCCCGGCGUGGCCGAGGACGCGGCCGAGCGGCCCCCCCAGGAUGAGCAGGAAGCGGCACCUGGCCCUGCGGCGGGCCCGGGCAAGGGUCGCUUCCUCGUGCGUAUCUGCUUCCAGGGUGAUGAGGGCGCCUGCCCGACCCGGGACUUCGUGGUGGGCGCGCUCAUUCUACGUUCCAUCGGCAUGGACCCGAGCGACAUCUACGCGGUCAUCCAGAUCCCCGGGAGCCGCGAGUUCGACGUGAGCUUCCGUUCGGCCGAGAAGCUGGCCCUGUUCCUACGCGUCUACGAGGAGAAGCGCGAGCAGGAGGACUGCUGGGAGAACUUUGUGGUGCUGGGGCGGAGCAAGUCCAGCUUGAAGACGCUCUUCAUCCUCUUCCGGAACGAGACGGUGGACGUGGAGGACAUCGUGACCUGGCUCAAGCGCCACUGCGACGUGCUCGCCGUGCCCGUGAAAGUGACCGACAGGUUUGGGAUCUGGACCGGGGAGUACAAGUGCGAGAUCGAGCUGCGCCAGGGGGAGGGCGGGGUCAGGCACCUGCCUGGGGCCUUCUUCCUCGGGGCCGAGAGGGGCUACAGUUGGUACAAGGGGCAGCCCAAGACGUGCUUUAAAUGUGGCUCCCGGACCCACAUGAGCGGGAGCUGCACGCAGGACAGGUGCUUCAGGUGCGGGGAGGAGGGGCACCUGAGCCCUUACUGCCGGAAGGGCAUCGUGUGCAACCUCUGUGGCAAGCGAGGACACGCCUUUGCCCAGUGUCCCAAAGCAGUUCACAAUUCCGUGGCAGCUCAGCUCACCGGGGUGGCCGGGCACUGAACAGCCGCCUGCCUGCCGGGGUGAACGCACAGCCAGCUUACCCCUCUAAGUGCCAAAACUUUUUUUUAAACCGUUUUUUAUCAUUUUUGAAGGACGUCUUUUUAAAACCUACAGGAGACAGCUCUCUCUGCCUUCUUAAACCGAGUUUACUCCAUUUCAGCCUUUUCUGAAUUGGUGACUAUCAUCAGUAAAGACUACCGAAACUGUAAUGUGCAGAUAUGUUACCCCUCCCUUUUUUACUUUGUUUUCGUUUUUGUAUUUGGGAUUUUUUGUUUUUAUUUUUUUUCUUCUGCCCCCCCCCCCCCCCCCCCGCAACUUUGUCAUCUCCCUGGAUUUUCACCCUUUGGGCUGCCUUGCUCAUCUUUAUGUUCCAGCACUUAAGUAUGGGGCCCACCCAGCACAUGGUAGGCACUCUGUCAGGGUUUGUUCAGUUGAAAACAGUGUCGGCUGUGGCUUCUGUCAGGGUGUCUACCUUUUGCGGCUCUUCCCCUCCCUUUUUAAUUUGCUGCUUCUAACCCAUGUGGUCUGAGAAUUUGUGAAACCAGUGUUGUUAGAAGUGUAUGUAAUCUGAGUCAAUAAGCUCUUAAUGGUGGCCAAGGGCCUCUCCUAUGGCAUAAAAAUGUAUGGACUUUGUGAGAACUCUUUCAGUGGCUCAGAAGCCAUUUUUCAUGGAAUCAUGGAAUCUAGAAGUUCCUGCUGGAAAGGACCUGAAAGUUGAUCUAGACCAACUCCCUGGUUGUCCAUCAGAUGAAACAGGCCCAGAAAGGUUAAGUGACUGGGUCGAAAUCACAUCGCCUUCUGGUGACAGAGCUGAGCCUAGAGUACAGUUCCCUGACCCCAAGCCCGGUGCUCAUCCCACUACCUCUCACACUUCACAACAUUUUCCUCACAACUUGAGGGUCCGGAAAGUCUAAUCUCUCCGGAAUAGUGAGCCCAGAGAAAUGCCAAGAAAAUCAUCUGGGUGAGGGGAGGAGAAAGAGAUUUAGCAGGGGCUUCUGAAUACUUGGGAGAUAAAGGACCAGGGCACAUACUCCAGAGUGCAGUCAUUGCUCCCUCGGGUACCACAUCUGGAUAAAUGUGCAUUAGGUCCUUUGGGGACGUUACCCUUCCCCAUCCAUUGCCACCGGUGAGAAAUAGUUGCUCCUGAGUAAGGAAACCUACCAAAGGUUUACAUUUGCACCUUAGCCUCUGUAGCUAGAAACCCCAGAGUACCAGCUAGCUAGAGCUCAUCUGCAACCUCCUGAUUCUUAGGAGAAAAGUGGAAUUGUAAGUGAGGUGUUAACUCUAAAAUGUAGCUGCAAAAUAGGCCAAGUUAGGCCAAGCCAGAGGGCAGGGGUCAACUAAGUGUUAUCAAGUUAAUGGAGAAAAGACAAUACACUGCUUUUCUUACAGUUUGUCUUUGCUUUACGUUUUGCUGUUUCCUUGUGGCUUAGAAUGUAAAAUCGAUUGAGUUUUGUUCUGAAUAAAUAUUUAUCUUUUGUAUUGCUAACACUGCUGUGCUAUUU